GUUCCCCCCUAUACGUGUUUUUGGGGGGGUCUCCCAUGGUGCCCCCUCCCCAAAAAGCUUCGAGGGCACCCUGAAGUGGCUCCUGUUCCACUGGCCAGUGCCCCCUGAUCCAGGACGGCCCCAGAUUUCCCGUUGCCAACCCCUGGGAGGCUGUGAGGAAGAGGAAGAUGCCCCGGGACACUGAGGAGCUGAGCAUGGAGAGCAGGGAGGACAAAUCCCUGGGGCAGAACCUGGUGGAAGAGGCCAUUUUGAGUGGCUCCGUGGCACAGGAACCCAACGGAGAGGAAGAGUCCUGGAGGUCCCACACGAGGAGGGGCUGCAAACGCAGAUCCCAGGGAUCUGAGGGGGAAAGAGCCAGCCUGGGCCGGGAAGGCGGCCGGAGAUGGAACCAGAGCUCGGAGCUGGUGCUGCAUGAGCAGCUCCAUGGUGGGGAGAAGCCCCACACGUGUGGGGAGUGUGGGAAGAGCUUCAGGUGGAAGUCCAGCCUGAACACGCACCAGAGGGCCCACACUGGGGAACGGCCCUUUGAGUGUGAUCAGUGCAGGAAGAGGUUUCAGACCAGCUCUGGUCUCCUCCUGCACCAGCGUACACACACAGAGGAGAGGCCCUUCUGCUGCCCCAACUGUGGGCAGGGCUUCAGGCACAGCUCCCAUCUUGUCAUGCACCGACAAAUCCACACUGGGGAAAGGCCCCACGAGUGUGAGGAAUGUGGGAAGAGCUUCAGCCAGAGCUCCACCCUGAUCAGGCACCAGAGGAUCCACACUGGGGAACGGCCCUACAAGUGUGAUGAGUGUGGGAAAAGCUUCAGCCGAAUCCACACUGGGGAGAGGCCCUACGAGUGUGAUAAAUGCAGGAAGAGGUUUAAGACCAGCUCCUAUCUCCUCCAGCACUAUCAGAUUCACAGAGAGGAGAGGCCCUUCCACUGCCCCGACUGCGGGAAGGGAUUCAAGUACAACUCCCACCUCAUCACCCACCAGCGCAUCCACACCGGGGAGAGGCCCUAUGAGUGUGAGGAGUGUGGGAAGAGCUUCUCACAGCGCUCUCACUUGACCAAACAUCAACGGAGCCACCAGUAA